AUGAUUAAAAUUUGCUCAAUUCAUUUAAAUGUUGCGUCUGUGAUUCUUAUUUUUUGUUACUGUGUGCUGAGUUCAGUUUGUUCUGCUGAUGAGUCACGGAUAGUUGGUGGUUCUACAGUAAAAGAAAUGGAAAUUACAUAUCAGGUGUCUGUGCGAUCCAAAUCAAGUGAUCUGAGAGGCUUUGGUAGAGGUCACAUUUGUGGUGGAAGUUUGAUCACUGCUAAUACUGUUUUAACCGCUGCACAUUGCUUAGUGGACGAUAGAGACAAUCCACGACUUGCAAAUUAUUUUCGUGUUGUAGGUGGCAGCGUCUACCGGAACACUCAGACAGUAAAUACAUUUAUCUCCGAUGUAAAAAAAAUUGUUGUUCACAACAAAUACAAGUCAAAAGGAUUUCUCAACGACGUGGGAGUGAUGAUACUAUCCAAUAACGUUCCAAGUACUCAUCCCUCUCUGCAACCUAUUGCCACCGUUGUUCAAGUUCCUCCCGAUGGUACGAUAUGCCGUGCGAGUGGAUGGGGCAGUAUUUUCUACGAUGGCCCCUCAAGUGAUGUUUUAAAAGCGGUUAAUAUCUCUAUUAUAUCCAAAGCAAGAUGUAACGCUGUGUCCAGCUACGGAGGAUCUAUCGUUCAAGGUAUGAUCUGUGCAGGGAAUAUGUCCGGCGGAGAAGACGCAUGCCAAGGUGACUCUGGUGGACCGCUUGUUUGUAAUGGGAUUCUGGCUGGCGUGGUUUCACAUGGCGUGGAUUGUGCACGUCCAAAUUUCCCUGGUGUAUAUAGCGACGUAGCAUACUUUCGUGAAUGGAUUAUAAAGAAUCAUUCUAAUAUGAUUCAAACCUCAUUUCUAAUAACGGGCUUGUGCUUGUUUUAUAUUGUUAUGAUGUACAUGGCUGAUUCAAGACUGUAUAUAUAA